AUGUCAGUAUUGGGUUCGAAAUUGGAAGAAGCCAGAAAUUUGGUCAGCGAAAAACAGUAUGAUAAGGCUGAACAAGUGUAUUUAAGCUUGUUGGAUAAAGACAGUUCACUGGUCAGCGCUCCCACCGCUAGCGUGGAUGACAAACGUAGGAAUGAGCAGGAAACAAGCAUAUUGGAGCUGGGACAAUUGUACGUCACUAUGGGCGCUAAGGACAAGCUGCGCGAGUUCAUCCCUCAUUCCACGGAGUACAUGAUGCAGUUCGCCAAGUCGAAGACAGUAAAGGUCUUGAAGACGCUGAUUGAGAGAUUCGAGCAGGUACCGGACUCCCUGGACGAUCAAAUCUUUGUUUGCGAGAAAAGUAUCGAAUUUGCUAAGAGAGAGAAGAGAGUGUUUCUAAAGCACUCUCUAUCCGUCAAAUUGGCUAAGUUGCACUACCAAAAGAAACAGUAUAAGGACUCAUUAGCAUUGAUCGAAAAUCUCUUAAGGGAGUUCAAGAAACUGGACGACAAACCCUCCUUGGUGGAUGUGCAUCUGUUGGAAAGUAAGGUUUACCACAAGUUAAGAAACUUGGCCAAGUCCAAGGCUUCUUUGACUGCAGCAAGAACCGCAGCUAACUCUAUCUACUGUCCCACUCAAACUGUAGCGGAGUUGGAUUUGAUGAGUGGUAUCCUACACUGUGAAGACAAAGAUUACAAAACUGCAUUUUCAUACUUUUUUGAGAGUUUUGAGAGCUAUCAUAAUUUGACUACCCACAAUUCUUAUGAAAAGGCUUGCCAAGUAUUGAAGUAUAUGCUAUUAUCCAAAAUCAUGCUGAAUCUCAUCGAUGAUGUCAAAAAUAUUCUAAAUGCAAAAUACACAAAGGAGACUUACCAGUCCCGAGGUAUUGACGCCAUGAAAGCUGUUGCCGAGGCCUAUAACAACAGAUCUCUCUUGGAGUUCAACACUGCGCUAAAACAGUACGAGAAGGAAAUAAUGGGCGACGAACUAACAAGAUCCCAUUUCAAUGCAUUAUACGACACUUUACUGGAAUCCAAUUUAUGUAAGAUUAUCGAGCCAUUCGAAUGUGUGGAAAUAUCUCACAUCUCCAAGAUAAUUGGCCUGGAUACUCAACAGGUAGAGGGGAAACUGUCCCAGAUGAUACUGGAUAAGAUAUUCUACGGUGUGCUGGAUCAAGGCAAUGGAUGGCUUUACGUUUACGAGACUCCAAAUCAAGAUGCUACUUAUGACUCCGCAUUAGAAUUAGUAGGACAAUUAAAUAAAGUCGUCGAUCAAUUGUUCGAAAAGGCAAGUGUUUUGUACUAA